UGUUCACAAUAACUUCCGGUCGUUCUGUCGUCACUUCCUUUUCCUCCAUCUUCCCGCUGACAGUGACGGUGGACUCACCUGGAGAGGACUGACGAUGCCUGGAAGACUGUGGAGUAAGGCCAUCUUCACCGGCUAUAAGCGCGGUCUGAGGAACCAACGUGAACACACGGCUCUCCUGAAGCUGGAGGGAUGUUACUCCAGAGACGAGGUCGACUUCUACCUCGGGAAACGCUGCGCCUACGUCUACAAGGCCAAGAAGAACACGGUGACGCCCGGCGGUAAACCCAAUAAGACGCGUGUGAUCUGGGGGAAGGUGACCCGGGCGCACGGUAACAGCGGGAUGGUGCGAGCCAAAUUCAGCAGCAACCUUCCCGCCAAAGCCAUCGGACACAGAGUCAGAGUGGUGAGUUCAGGGACACUGAAAAAUGUUUUUCUUGUUGAUUUUUUGGCGCUUUUUUAU